AUGAGCCUGGAGCCCGGCAACGCAUGUAGUCACUGCACAUUUAUCAAUACACCUGGCCGGGUACGUUGUGCCAUGUGCUUUCGCAAUAUUCGAAAAAGGACCAGUGACGGUGCCACAGAAUCCAGGACCGAAUCGCGUCCGUCGCAUCCACAAAAUAACGUGCAACCGGAAGAGCCCAAAAUGGACUCUGUGCCGACGCUCUUUUCCACGGCGGCCGGCCAGCCCGUUGCUGUGUCGGAGACCGCGCUGCAGGCCGCAAGGGAGCGACUGGACGCGGAAGACACACAGAUGCCACCGAAGGGUGACGCCGGAGGAGUGACCGUGCCGACGCUCUUUUCCACGGCGGCCGGCCAGCCCGUUGCUGUGUCGGAGACCGCGCUGCAGGCCGCAAGGGAGCGACUGGACGCCGAUAACUGUACAACCUCGUCGAGUGGUAGCGAGAACAGUGCUGGUGCAGCGGUGCAGUCUUCUUCCGCGGCUACCCCUUCCUUUGCGGGUCCGCGACGAGGUCGCUUUGUGGUUCCUUUUGCCCGGGCACCACGGCCAGCUCAAGCGAUGCAGGCACGUCUUCGUGAAGAUGCGCCUGCGCGGAGGGAAAUAAAACAUUUGUCUUUUGAUGUAUUUACGUACCGUUCCUUGGCCAUGUCGUCUCUUCCGUCGAGUGAAGAAAUUAUGCAAGCUGGUUUCAUAUUGAGGACUAUGGGAUGCUCUCAAGAACUGUUGCAACUUCUGGGGCUAACCUCUGAAGAUGACUCCGUGCCAGCCAGGUCUUUCCAUAGGGCCUUGGUGAGGCUUGGGGCCGACGCGGACGCCUGUUCGGAGCUGUGGUCUCGGCAGAUGCUGCAAUCCACGCUGUUGAAGCUGCGUGGGUUGUCGCUCUACGCUACUCCACCUCUCCCUGUCUUCUCCGUAUCCCACGCCCUACUUUACCUCUGCUUCAAGUACAACCGGGAGUUUGUGGAUGCGGUGAGGCCGGCGCUGCGUGUCGUGACGGAGGGGGAUGUUUCAGCGUCGUCGUUGAUGGUAGUCAGCGUUGUGAGCCUGUCGCUUGAGGAACGUCUGGCGCCACACACGUCUGUGGCUGUGGUGACCGACGGCUGCUACAACGUGAAGGUGUCCCUUGAUAUCCCGCUGACGCAUCUCGUGCGGGAAGGGAUCCUUCGCCGCGGGCACAAAUUGCUGGUGUGUGGCGCAAAGAUGCUUCUGAAGAAUUUCUGCUCCCCGCUGGAGUGCAGUGAUGCGGUAGUGCUGUCGAUUAGUUACAACUGUACGCGACCGGUGGACCCGACGGCGGCUCUCGGUUUGUACCACACAACUCCCCCUGUUGUCUCCUCGGCGGCUGUCCACCCUCUUGGCGGGCUCGUGCCCUCCCUACGCGGCGUCGUGGAGCGGAUUCUCCCGCCCAUCUUCAUUGAACAGCCGACUGGCAACGGCGAGUCUGCCGGGGCCGCUGCGAAGGUCGUGCGGAACCACCUCGCGCAGCUAAAGCGACUUGAGGCCGUUGUGCGUGAGGGCGCAGCGCCGUCGGAGUCGACGAACAACCGCCGUCUUGUGCGGCUGACCUCACUCGUGCUGACGUGUGCGAAGAGGGAGGAUGUGGUGGUGCAGCUCUGGGAGGACUGCGCCGAGGGGUGCGUGGCGGAGUCGCUGGAGGAGUGCGGCUGCGAGUUUCCACCGGAAGGGUCCACCGUCGUCAUGUUUGCCCUCACGCCGUCCCGGAGCCGACCUUCCCACCCCUUCCAAAACGCCAAAGUCCUCUACACACGCGCCCGCCUUGACUACAGGCAGCUGGCCCCACCCAAUGGAUUUGUGCGGCCGCUGCGGCGCGGCAUUUCCGACGUGGACCCCUCGACACCGGCAGGGGUGGCGACGGACUUUGCUGGCCUCUUCCUGGCAUCCGCAAAGAACGAGGCGGUGACCUCGUUCGUUGUCGCCCUCUUGGAGGAUGACGCGACGGCGGCGCCUUCGUUCUGCGUCAUGGAUGUGCCGUGCGCCACCGCCGUCAAGGAGAUUGCACUCACGAUGCCCACAACCCCCUUCACACCAGUUAUUGUGCAAAAUUCAUCAUUUAUUCGCUUUGCAGCUGAUGACUUGGGGCCGGACUGCCUGCACGUUUUGGCAAAUGAGUUUACGAAGGUCUUACAAAGACCCGCUUCCUCGCAGCUUCGCACGGUUGUUGCCGCCCUCGAAUCUCUUCGGGAGAGGACCGCGGCACGUAAGAGUGUCACGGCUCGUGGAGAGGAGAUAUUGCGGCUACGACACCUGAGUGGUGAGGCACGAACAGAUGUGCGUCGUUUCUUGGGCGAACUCAAUGGCCGCGAUGUUCCUCUCGCAGCCGCCGCUGGAAGCCCGUCGCGUCUGCCAUAUUACAUGCGCACGGAGAAGCAGGGGCCCAUUUCGAAAGGUGUUGUUAUCCCGUCACCGAGUGGGAGGCCUCAGAUGGAGCGGGAGCAGAAGAAGCCGGUGGCCACGCCGCAAGCUGUUCCGCAGCGCGGAGGCCGAUCCCAUAUUUUUGGGAACAUCAUUGAGCUGCGUCUGCUUCGUUCGUUUGAUUCUGGUCGCCGUGAAUCUGUUCUGCUGCUUAGCGCCCCGUCGGGCCCGGAGCUUGCCCCUGUUGGGCCUACGGGUCCAGGGGAAACACUCCUCCCAGACUCGAUUUCCUUUGAGGUUGUCAUUCAGGUCGGGGCCGUCGCGGCCCAACACGUGAAGGCGACGAUGCACAGCCCGGCGGUGUUCAGCGGCAUGCUGGAGCAGAGGCUCGCCAUGCGGGGUGCCCGCGCGAUGGCGGUGGAUGAGGGGCGUGUCGACUACUUCAUGCAGCGGACGAAAAUGCUCGAGUCGUGGCAGCGCACCGCUGAGGAGGGCUGGUGGUGGUUUCUCGCCCUUUCACACGUCGUCACGGCUGACGCGCCUCAGCCCGAGACGGAGGGAGCGGCGCUGCUGUGGCUCGUGGGUGAGUGGAAGACGCUGCUCGACAUGCUGAGCGAGGGCCUGCGGGACAGCCUCUUCAUGUUCAGCGUUGACGCGGCCGGGGAGGUGACCCGCGCCGUCUUCAUCAAAGAAAACUGCUCCCUCUGCGAUCUCAUGCGGGAGUGA